GUGCAGAUGUAAACAUUGUAAGCUAUAUCCACUAAAAUUAAUAAAUCUACGCAAUGUUCAGGUCAAGAAUAAUCCUUAAUUAUGUUAAAAAUGGGAAUAAUUUAAUAGUGAGGAACAAGUCUGUUGUAAUCAGGCAAAUAGAAACAAUUAAGCUGACUAAAGCACAACGAAUGAAGAAAAAUAACUUUGAGACGUCAUAUCUCUUCGGAUCAAAGCAAAAAAAUGAAAAGAAAGCAGCAAAUAAAGUGCACAAUGAAACUGAUGAACAUGGUGUUAAUUCUGAAAUUUAUUGGACAUUAGAAGGCGCCAAAAGCAAAAAGAAAAAGUCUAAAGACUAUAAAAAUGAUAAGGAAUCAAAUGAUGUGAUCGAGAAACCAAAACGGACGAAAAAGAGCACAACCAGUAAAAAGACAAAAGCAAUAGCAGCUAAUAAGGAAGAGAAACCAACAGAAACAUUUGCUAAAUUCAAGCUGGAUCUUCCAAAGCCUGUAAAAGUGACAAUUCAGGAUGCGUUAAACAAUAUAGAUACACAAAUUAAUUUAGAUGAUAAAGUAAUCAUACAGCAAGUGAUUCCAUUCGAUCAGAAUCAACUCAGGAACAUGAUCAAUUUUCCGUUAAUAAUUGAGAAGAAUGACUUAGUAUUAAGUUCCUUUGACGAAUCAACAAUAACUAAUUGUGGAUUAAAUUAUAUACCUAGUGUCAGUAGAAUUCUUCAAGCUACAAUGUCGGCAAAUCAGAAGCAAGCCUUACUUCAAUGGAAGAAUUUAAAAAUUGCAGAAUUAGGAGUUGAAGGUUUUGAGGAACUACAGAAAAUGUACUUAAAUAGAGGAAAGAAAUUUCAUGGAUGUCUUCAAAAAUAUUUCAAUAAUGAAGAAAUGACUGAAGAUGACAUUUCAAUGGACAUAAUAGAAGUUUGGAAGAGCAUAUCACAUGUCAUUAAAGAUUUUGAAGCUCCAGCUACAUUAACUGAAUUUAAUCUAGAUCAUCCUUAUUUAUGUUAUAAAGGAAUUGUUGAUUGUGUAGCUGUUUCUAGGAAAUCAAACACUUUGUCGGUCAUUGAAUGGAAAAAUUCUGAUAGAUAUAAGAAGACUAUAUCCAAUACAUAUGAUGCACCACUUCAACUUUGUGCCUACUUGGGAGCAUUAAAUGCAACAACAUUUAAAAAUAAUCCAAUCAGCAAUGGCGUGAUUGUUGUGGCUUAUAAUGAUGGAGAAGAUGCUGAUAUUUUUCAAUUAUCAAAUACUGAGCUUAAAAAGUACUGGAAAGUAUGGCUGAAUCGUCUACAAGACUAUUGGAUACGAUAUCGAGAUAAUACGCUUAAUUUGGAUGAAAUUUAAUAUUUAAUAAAGUGUCAAUAAUUUCUUUUUGAAUAACUUUAAAGUGAUGAUAGUU